AUGGGAGGAGCUAUUUCUAAAAUGAUGGGCAAGAUCUUCGGAUCCAAGGAAAUGCGCCUGUUGAUGUUGGGUCUCGAUGCUGCUGGAAAGACAACUAUUCUCUACAAAUUGAAGUUGGGUCAAGAUGUUACUACAAUUCCUACUGUUGGAUUCAACGUUGAGACGGUGACAUACAAGAAUGUCAAAUUUAAUGUCUGGGAUGUCGGUGGACAAGAUAAGAUCAGACCUCUAUGGAGACAUUACUUCAGUGGUACUCAAGGACUUAUCUUUGUGAUCGAUUCCAGUGACAGAGCACGCAUAGCAGAGGCACAACAAGAGUUACAUCGCAUUAUCAACGACAGAGAAAUGCAAGAUUCAUUACUCCUAGUCUUCGCGAACAAGCAGGAUAUUGCAGGAGCUAUGAAGCCACCCGAGGUCACAGAACAACUUAAGUUGAACGAAUUGAGAAACAAGGUUUGGUUCGUGGUACCAAGUUGUGCCACUACCGGCGAGGGGUUAAUGGAAGGACUGGCUUGGCUCUCAAAAACAAUUGAAGGAAGACCUGCUCCACAAACGAAAUAA